CUUGGUCACACCUUGAACCGUACUUGCAGGCCACAAAUUCGAUCCUGAACUCGAUUUAAUUCAGGCAGAAACUACACACACAAGGUUUCUCGUAUAUCAUCAACAGCGCAAUGUGAUACUUCAAAGUUCAGUUGACGAACGACACAUUUGUGCUGUAACAGCGUCCAAGUCAUUAUUCUGUAGACUCUCUGUCCCCUGCCUGAUUCGAUCAUCUCAUUUUUUUGAUAAAAUACGUUCCUCUCAUUUGGACGGUAGUUGUCGGGCAUUAUCCAUCCUGAUGAUAACCGUGGCAAAACUUUGAUCGAAAUUGGUUAUUUAACACCGAUCGAGUCAAGAAUCGAGUCACAACUUUUUCUCAACCAUCUGCCAUCUCAUCCCAAAUGUCCAAGCCCACUCUCUGGCUUCGCUGCGAAAAGAAAGAGUUCGAACGUCGAACUGCAUUAACACCAGCUACCACCAGAAAGCUCAUCGAUGCCGGUCUCGAAAUCUUUGUUGAACGGGAUACGCAACGAAUUUUUAAUGACUCUGAAUACGAAGCUGUUGGAUGUAAGCUGGUGGACAAUAAUACUUGGCCAUCGGCACCGGUGAACGUCCCAAUCAUUGGAUUGAAAGCGCUGCCCGAGUCCACAGACCCUAUCCCACAUAGUCAUAUCCAGUUUGCACACUGUUACAAGCGACAAGAGGGGUGGGUCGACAUAUUGAUGCGUUUCCACCGUGGUGGAGGAACCCUGUACGACAUAGAGUUCUUGACGGAUGCCAACGGUCGUCGGGUUGCGGCCUUUGGUUAUCAUGCUGGUUUCGCAGGGGCAGCUGUUGGUGCUCUCGCGGUCGCAUCACAGAGAAGGGGCGAAAAACUUGGACAUCUCACGUCGUUCGAGAAUGAAGACGCGAUGAUUAACGCCGUCAAGACCGCCUUAGGUGGCAGUGGCAAGGGUGUCAAGGCCCUGAUUAUUGGCGCUCUGGGAAGGUGUGGACGCGGCGCUGUUGACCUCUUUAGAAAGAUCGGUCUGGACGAGGACGACAUUCUCAAGUGGGACAUGGCGGAAACUGCAAAGGGCGGCCCCUUCUCUGAGAUUCUUGAUGCCGACAUCUUCGUCAAUUGCAUCUAUCUCAAUUCCAAGACUCCCCCGUUCUUGACACGUGAACAGCUCAUCUCCGCCGGAAAAGGACGGCGGCUGUCGACAGUUGUCGAUGUCAGCUGCGAUACUACCAAUCCCUUCAACCCGAUUCCCAUAUAUACAAUUAAUUCAACAUUCUCUUCGCCCACAGUAUCUGUUGACGUCGGGACUGAAAAUCCACCACUGUCAGUGGUAUCCAUUGAUCACCUCCCUUCCUUGCUUCCACGGGAAGCCUCAGAACAGUUCAGCUCAGACCUUUUUCCCUCCUUGCUCCAGCUUCCUGACCGGAAGAACGCGCGAGUGUGGACUGAAGCCAAGGCACUUUUUGACAAGAAAGUCGCCGAGGCCGUCGAAGAGGCUAAGUUGUAGACACGUGAGGCGACUUUAGCAGCCUUUAGGCAGUAAAAUACAAUGUGUAUUGUUAAUAGACAGACCAGUAUAAAAAUACUACGCAUGAUGCCAAAAUAU